AUGUCAGCCUCAACCCCUCCUGAUCGCCAAUGGUGGAAAGAAGCUGUUGUCUACCAAAUCUACCCAGCUAGCUUUCUUGACUCCGACGGCGAUGGACUAGGCGAUUUGCCUGGUAUCAUUUCAAAGCUUGAUUAUAUUCGUUCUGUAGGCGCAACGGCUAUUUGGCUGUCGCCUAUCUUCAAGAGUCCUCAGCAUGAUAUGGGGUAUGACGUCUCAGACUAUCGCGACAUUCAUCGUCCGUACGGUACGAUUCAAGAUGUUGAGGCAUUGAUCUCUGGGUGUCAUGAGCGGGGUAUCAAGGUGCUACUUGAUCUCGUGGUGAAUCAUACUAGCCAUGAGCAUGAAUGGUUCAAAGAAUCACGCUCGUCGAAAACAUCACCAAAGCGGGACUGGUAUUUCUGGCGUGAUCCAAAGUUCGACGCUGAUGGUAAUCGCAAACCGCCGAAUAACUGGGCUUCCAUCUUUGGUGGUAGCGCAUGGACAUACGAUGAGACGACAGAGCAAUACUAUCUCUCGCUCUUCCUGCCCGAGCAGCCUGAUCUCAACUGGGCCAAUGACGACAUGCGCGAGGCAACAUACGACGAUAUGAAGUUCUGGCUCGACAAAGGCGCCGAUGGCUUCCGCAUUGAUUCGAUGAAUCUCAUGUCCAAACACCCUGAUCUUCCCGACGCACCUAUCACCCGACCAGACGCCGAGUUUCAACCAGGUGAUAAGUACUUCGCCAGCGGUCCACGCAUGCACGAGUAUAUAAAGGAGAUGAGGGAGAAGGUCAUUGACAAGUAUGAUUGUAUGACAGUGGGAGAACUAGGCUUCACUAAGGAUGAGGACAGUGUGGCUAGUUAUGUUGCCAAGGAUAGGCAUGAGUUGAACAUGUUGUUCACGGGAGAUAUUGUUGAUAUGGACUUUGGUCCAAGUCAUAAAUAUGAGCGUGAUGACUUUCGACUUUCGAAGUUGAAGACAAUUACGAGUCGGUGGCAGGGAGCUAUGCCCAAGUUUGAUGGCUGGAACUCCGUUUACAUGGAUAACCACGACUCUGGACGCUCUCUAUCACGGUAUGGGUCUGAUAAGCCCGAGUUCCGAAAGGAAGCUGCCAAAAUGUUGGCUAUCUACCUCGGUACACUCAGCGGAACGCUAUUUCUUCUCCAAGGUCAAGAGAUUGGCAUGGCAAACGUACCUGAAUCCUGGAAGACCGAAGACUACGUCGAUGUCGAAGGCUUGAACUACUACAACAGCGUUCUCAACAAGAGAGGUACCGGAGCUGAUAUGUCCGACGUCAUGAGAGAGAUGCGCCUCAAGGCCAGAGACAACGGCCGCUUGCCCAUGCAAUGGAGCGGCAACCCCAACGGCGGUUUCACCACGAGCGACAAGCCUUGGAUGCGCGUCAACGACGACUACGAGGAAUGGAACGUCGCACAACAAGAAAAGGAUGAAGAUAGCGUGUUAGCGUUUUACAGACAGGUCCUUGAGCUGCGACAGAAGGAGAGGGAUGUUUUUGUCUAUGGACGCUUUGAUAUUUUGGAUGAGUAUAAGGAUAGUGAGGAUGUGUUUGCAUAUACGAUGACGAGUUAUGAUGGGAGGAAAGCACUUGUUUUAUUGAGUUUCUCGGAGGAGGAGCAGAGGGUCGAGGUCGAGGGGGAUUGGGGGAGGAGGUUGUUGGGAAGCAAUAUUGAUGCUUUUGAGGGUGGAAUUGUGUUGCAGGGGUACGAGGGCGUGGUUUAUGCUGGACGGUGA